AAGUUCACCAUGAAGUUUCUUCAUCUUUCCAUCCUAGCAAUUGCUUGCGUUUCUUAUACGGUAGCAUCCAUACUUAAAAGAGAUUUUUCCACCACAAUCUUUACUCCUCCAUCUUCCUACCAAGUACCGCGUACUCUUUAUGCUCGCUCACUUAUGCUCACGGUCAAUGAUGCUUCUGGAACGCUUCUUUCAACAUGGGAGAAUUAUUCUGGAGGAGUGACAUGGUUUCCAAUCUAUCGAUCAAGUAAUCACGGUCAAACCUGGUCACCGUUGAGUAAGGUAACCGAUCAAGUUAAUGGUUGGGGUUUGCGUUAUCAGCCAAUCCUUUACGAAUUGAAACAAGAUCUUGGAGGUUAUAAAGCAGGUUCAAUUCUUUUAGCGGGUAAUUCUAUUCCUGCAGAUCUUUCAGCUACAAAGAUUGACUUAUACAUUUCAACCGAUAAAGGUUUAACAUGGAAGUUUUUAUCUCACAUCGCUGAAGGUGGAGAAGCUGAUCCUGUUAAUGGAAAAACUCCAGUUUGGGAACCAUUUUUGAUGGUAUACAAUAAUCAAUUGCAUUGCUAUUAUUCUGACCAACGUGAUCCAAAACAUGGACAAAAAUUAGUACAUCAAUCUACAAGCGAUCUCAAAGCAUGGUCAAGUGUGGUGGAUGACGUAACUGAUUCAGACUAUACUGCAAGACCAGGAAUGCCAACAAUUGCACAAAUGGGAAAUGGUAAAUAUAUAAUGACAUUUGAAUAUUGUGGAACAAGAAACUGUGACGUAUACUACAAGAUUACCACUGAUCCCACCAGUUGGGAUAACGUAGCACCUACUCAAUUGAUUGCUCGAGAUGGUACAGCACCUUAUUCUUCACCUUUCAUUACUUGGACGCCAAUUGGAGCUCAAUCUGGAUCAUCGGGUGCGAAGACUGCCAAUGGAACCGUAGUUGCAAAUGCUUACAGUGAUGGCUCUCUUUACGUUAACAAACAGAAUGGAGAUCCUAAUGCAUGGACCCGAAUCUCAACAUCUUCUCCCGGUCAAUAUUCAAGAUCGCUUGCCGUUGGUUUUAAUCCAAAAGAUAUUGUAAUCGUUGGAGGUGGAGCUUUGAACGGUAACAACAAUGUCGUCAGUCUUUACGCUCGAGACGUUAACGGAUGCAGUUACUGCACAUAAGAUUCU